CGGCUGCGGCUUUUAUUAGGGUUAGAAAGGAGCAAGGAACAUGGCUGGAAAAAGGAUUGCUGUGGUGACUGGGGCAAUAAAGGAAUUGGAUAUGGGAUAAUGAAAGAGUUAUGUGCCAAGUUUGAUGGCGUUGUUUAUCUCACUGCCCGGGAUGAAGGAAGGGGCCUGGCUGCUGUUGAAGACCUCAAGAAACUUGGCUUCGCUCCUCGUUUUCAUCAACUUGACAUUGACAAUGCUGACAGCAUUUCAAAGUUUACAAGUUAUAUAAAGAACACAUAUGGAGGGCUUGAUGUUCUAGUUAAUAAUGCAGCUAUUGCCUACAAGAUGGCAGCCACAGAAUCUUUUGGGGAGCAAGCUGAAAAUACCAUUAGAGUGAACUACUUUGGUACUUUGGCACUGUGUAGGAGUUUGUUCCCACUCCUAAGACCACAUGCUAGGGUGUCUACGGUGUCCAGUUCUGCAGGCCAUCUUUCGCGCAUUAAUGGAAAUGAGCCACAGGCCUCUGCUCUCAGAGAGAAGUUUGCUUCACCAUCUCUUACAGAAGAGGAACUGUCUGACCUCAUGAACCAAUUUGUAGAAAAAGCAAAAGAGGGAAAAUGGAAGGAAGCUGGUUGGCCAAGCAGCACAUAUGUGGUGAGCAAAGUAGGCGUAUCAGCUCUCACACGCAUCCAGCAGAGAGCCUUUGAUGCAGAUCCCCGAGAAGACCUUGUGGUGAACUGUGCUCACCCUGGAUAUGUUGACACAGAUAUGACAUCUCACAAGGGACCACUGACCAUUGAGCAAGGAGCAGUCGCACCAUCCUACUUGGCUUUACUACCUCCGAACAUUAAAGAACCAAAGGGAGCAUAUCUUUGGUAUGAAAAGCAAGUUGUAGACUGGGUUAAGGGACCAAUGCCUUGAAUCCAAAGUGAACCUGUGUAAUACAAAGGCAUUAUAUGGGGAUACUGAUUUAUUAUUGUCUGUUUUAUUUUUUUGUGUUUUAUGUAUGUAUGUUACUUUUAUAGGAAAUAUAGUAAUGUAUUCCAAAAAUGGUUAAGGAAAUAUGAACUGUUUAAAUUCGAACAAAAUUACUCGGCCAUAAGUCUAAAUUGUCUUUUAUUUGGAUUUGGUCUUUUGUAAAUUAAAUAUAAUUUUUUUUAAAGAAUAAAGUCUGACAUGAUUUAU